CAAAAGUCAAAGUGAUCGUACAUCCUGAUGAACGUGUGUUCAGAGGAGAGACAGUCACUCUCAGAUGUGACAUACAGGAGGGAGGAGACACGAGCUGGCAGUACAGCUGGAUUGAAACCAAAACCUGAACUCACAUCAAAUCCUGAAGGAGCUGCACUGACAGGAAACACAGUGACUCUGACCUGUCACAUGGAUCAGUCGACUGGAUGGCAGUUUUACUGGUACCAACACACACAGAAACAUCAGAAAAGCACAACAGACACAAACUCCUACACAGUGAACAUUGAUUCAGUGUCUGAUGGAGGUCAGUACUGGUGUAGAGCUGGAAGAGGAAAUCCAGUUUACUACACACACUUCAGUGAUGCACUGUGGGUAAAUGUUACAGAUCAACCUAAAACUAUUUUGACUGUAAAGCCUGAAGAUAAUCUGUUCAGAGGAGAAACUGUCACUCUCAGAUGUGACAUACAGGGUGGAGGAGACACUGAGUGGACAUACAGCUGGACUCUAGAGAAUAAAAACACUGUCGGUCAAUACAAGAAACAAGAGUAUAAAAUCAGCUGUGUUGAACACACACACAGUGGUAAAUACACCUGUAGAGGAACGACAAGAGACGGACAAAACUCAGAGAUCAGUGAUGCGGUUACACUGACUGUGUCAGAUAAAGCUCAAGCAGUGUUAAGAGUUUCUCCACAGAAGUGGCUGACUGAAGGAGAUUCAGUGACUCUGAUCUGUGAGGUUAACGGCUCCUCUACAGGAUGGACUUUCAGCUGGUACAGAGAUGAUAAUGACUGCAAAUAUAAAGUCCUGUCAGACAGCAGCAGAGGAGCUGGAGGAAACUACACUCUCAGUUCUGCUGCUGUAAAUCACACAGGAGUUUAUAAGUGCAGAGGAGAGAGAGGAGAACCAGCGUAUUACACAGAGUACAGCAACACACAGACACUAUGUGUCACUGGUGUCUCUCCUUCAGUCUCUCUGAUCAUCAGUCCCAGCAGAACUCAACACUUCACAUCUGAAUCUCUCUCUCUGAGCUGUGAGGAUCAGAGUAACUCUACUGGAUGGACAGUGAGAAGAUACACAGACAGUGGAUAUCUGCAAGAUUGUUCAUCAUCAAUAUACUGGGGAUCACAAACAGGAUCUACAUGUAGAAUCAGUUACACCUACACAUCUGACACUGGAGUGUACUGGUGUCACUCUGAAUCUGGAGAGAUCAGUAAUCCUGUUAAUAUCACAGUACACAAUGGUCGUGUGAUUCUGGAGAGUCCUGUUCAUCCUGUGACUGAAGGAGAUUCUCUGACUCUACGCUGUUUAUAUCGAUAUAAAAACCCAUCAGUCCUCACAGCUGAUUUCUAUAAAGAUGGAUCCCUCCUCCAGAAUCAGACUACAGGAGAGAUGAUCAUCCCUACUGUCUCAAAGUCACAUGAGGGUUUCUACUCCUGUAAACACACAGAGAGAGGAGAGUCACCCAAGAGCUGGAUCUCAAUCAGAGCUUCCCCAGUCUCAAGAUCUGUGUCUCCUGGAUUGAUAACUGGAGUGACUGUCGGACUGAGUGUCAUGCUUUUGAUUAUUCUCUUACUGGUCCUGCUGUGGUGCUACAAAAACAAAAAAGGUGGAGUAUCUCAGUCUCCCUAUUCUGUCCAUCAUCAGCAGAAUAUCAGUCAGACAUCAGAGCAGAACCAGAAUGAAACUGGAUAUACACCACUGCAGUGUGGUGGAGGAUCUCAGUCUCCCUCUUCUGUCAAUCAACAGCAGAAUAUCAGUCAGACAUCAGAGCAGAACCAGAAUGAAACUGGAUAUACACCACUGCAGUGUGAUUCAAUAACAGGGCCUACUGACAUAACCUAUGCUGAGAUUGAACUGAAAUCUAAGAAAGAACUCAAGAAAAAGAAAGGAAACAAAGGGAAUACCAGUGAUGCUACACCAAGUGCAGACACUGUGUACUCUAAACUGAACAUGGGAAUGGAUCAAAAGGAUCAAGUGACUGAACCAUUAAUUAAUAAAACAACGGGUCAGAGCAAAUCUGUCAACAGAGGUGUACUGCAAGAUAUUUCAAACUUCGAUGUGGCUUCUCUUGUGUCACAACCGGGGUUUGCCACGCCAAAACGAAAGGGCUCACUGUCGCUCGGUUCACGGAGACGCAACAAUCCUGUUAGUCAUAUAGGAUUUUACGAAGCCCCUGAUUACAUAUCGCAUCCCCAGAUGGACGCGCUAGGAGAAACUGUUUUGGUGAAAAACAAAUUGUGAAUCUAUCAGGAGAACGGAGAGUCGAUGAAACACUAUCAGCGUUAAACGAGUCAGUUGAUUUGUACUCUAACACUUUGCAGAUUGACGAAAAUCCCACCGCUAUCUUCGAUAAUGAGGAUUUCCUGAGGGAUUGGGACACCUUCAGCCAGCCCCUCAUUCCAGACAACACCGACAAUGCCGUAUCAUCAACCGGCACGGAGUCAGAUGAGGAAGAUUUGUUAAACGUUGAACGGGAUGUGAUUUCGGAUAUUGACACAAUAUUGGAUUGUACGGAGA